AUAGAGAGAGCGUGAGUGCGGGAGAGAGGGGCUCAGUGGGUUCGGGCCGCGCUCGGUGCCGCCGCCGCUGCCGCCAUUAGCCGAGUGGGAGCUGCGAGUUGCUGGCUCCAGCAGAGGAUUCAGAAUGGGGGACAAGCCCAUUUGGGAGCAGAUUGGUUCUAGCUUUGUACAGCAUUACUACCAGUUAUUCGAUACAGACAGGACUCAAUUAGGAGCAAUAUAUAUAGACGCCUCAUGCCUUACGUGGGAAGGACAACAAUUUCAGGGCAAAGCAGCUAUUGUUGAAAAACUCUCAAGCCUUCCUUUUCAGAAAAUACAACACAGCAUCACAGCACAAGACCAUCAGCCCACACCCGACAGCUGUAUACUCAGUAUGGUAGUUGGACAGCUUAAGGCCGAUGAAGAUCCUAUUAUGGGAUUCCACCAGAUAUUUCUAUUAAAGAACUUCAAUGAUGCUUGGGUUUGCACCAAUGACAUGUUCAGGCUAGCAUUGCACAACUUUGGUUGAGACGGCAUCCCCGAGGCACCUGCCCUUUUUCUUUUCUCCUCCUUACAGAUAUUAAUCACACUUACGGAACAUUCCAAAUAUCAUACACAAACCUGCAACGCCACGGCGAGUGAGCGAGCGAGAUCUCUGCGGUGUGCCCUUCUGAACAGUUUUAUGUUGUGUCACUAGAAGAGUUCCUUGUGCAUGAUGUUUGGAAGUUUAGACUUAGCUGCAUUUGACAAGGGAAAUGUGUAUCUUGCCAGCAUGCCUCGGGAAGCAUCCGUAACGCAAAAGGUUGUGUUUCUGUACUGACAAGUUUCUCUAAAUAACCCAAAGAAACAAAAAAAAGGAAGGGAGAGAAAAGAACAGCAGCCUGAAUGCAGCUCAGAUUUUGGUUUUUUUUUUUUUUGUUCAGAUGUUUCAGUGCUACAUUAUACAAUAAACCAUGACAUUUUCCUAA